AUGCACGAUCCACUCCUCUUUGGUUCCUACGUGUCUUUCGCUAAUCGGAAAAAUCUCAUUGACGCAAUGAACCACGUUAAAACGCUCAAGAAAAUCGGAAAAAAAGAAAUAAUGGCUGUGCUCAAGAUGUCCUUCAAAAGAGAUACCGCAUGCGCGCCUGCACUCAUGCUAACUCUUGCAGGCACUCAACUUUACGCAAAACUCGAUGCUCCCACAGCCCUCUAUCAUCUGGCAUCCAGUUCAUUUUUCGGCAUGAUCGCUGAUAAAACCUACCGAAAGCUUUGGAAUCACACUUUCGGUUACAUUCUUGACUUACCACGGCAAAUAGCCAUGCACAUUCUGGAAUGCGCACCCUAUCAUAUUUGUGUCACUAGGGUUGAAGCGAUGAGCAAACGCCUACGCACAGGAAC